AAUUGCUUUGGGUAUUCAGAAUGUUUGUUUGUGCCCAGCUUUGUGAUUUGGCUGGAGAUUCUCCUAUUUAGCACUCUUGGAAGGUCGACUACAUCAUGGCUUAGUGUUCCCUGAUUUUUUUACCACUCAAUAGACUCCAGCGAUCAACGGUUUGGUUUGGAAUUACAAUUGCUUCUGAUUAUUUCACACGAGUGAACACUAAUGGACAAUUACUCAACCCUUCCGUUGCAGUGUCUGGAGAUGACAACCAAGAGGAAGCUCAUUGGCCGCCUGGUGCCCUGCCAAUGCUUCCGGGGUGAGGAAGAGGUCAUCUCAGUCCUGGAUUACUCCCACUGCAGCCUCCAACAGGUGCCAAAGGAGAUCUUCAGUUUCGAGCGCACGCUAGAGGAACUUUAUCUAGAUGCUAAUCAGAUUGAAGAGCUACCCAAGCAAUUAUUUAACUGUCAAGCACUGCGCAAACUGAGCAUGCCCGACAAUGACCUUUCCAGUCUGCCAGCCACCAUCGCCAGCCUUGUAAACCUUAAGGAGCUAGACAUCAGCAAAAACGGUAUUCAAGAUUUUCCGGAUAACAUUAAAUGCUGUAAAUGUUUAACAAUUAUUGAAGCCAGUGUCAAUCCAAUUGCCAAACUCCCAGAUGGCUUCACACAGCUGCUAAACUUAAUGCAGCUCUACUUAAACGAUGCCUUUCUGGAAUAUCUUCCUGCCAACUUCGGGAGGCUUACCAAAUUACGCAUCUUGGAACUACGGGAAAAUCACCUGAAAACUUUACCAAAGUCAAUACACAGACUGACACAGCUGGAGCGUUUAGACCUGGGCAAUAACGAAUUCACUGAAAUGCCGGAAGUCCUGGAGCAAAUACAAAACCUGAAGGAGCUGUGGAUGGAUAACAAUGGAUUGCAGACACUACCAGGGUCUAUAGGGAAGUUAAAGCAGUUGACGUAUUUGGACAUGUCCAAGAACAGGGUAGAAACCAUUGACAGUGAGAUUUCUGGUUGCGAGGCUCUAGAGGACCUCCUGUUGUCAUCUAAUAUGUUGCAGCAGCUGCCAGACUCUAUAGGAAUGUUAAAAAAGCUGACAACUCUAAAAGUGGAUGACAACCAGCUGACCGCUCUGCCUAAUACAAUCGGAAGUUUAUCGCUCUUAGAAGAGUUUGAUUGUAGCUGUAACGAGCUCGAGUCCCUUCCUCCCACCAUUGGAUAUCUCCAUAAUCUCCGGACGUUAGCUGCUGAUGAAAACUUCCUGUCUGAGUUGCCGAGAGAGAUCGGAAGCUGUAAAAAUGUGACUGUCAUGUCUCUGCGCUCCAAUAAGCUCGAAUUUCUGCCCGAGGAGAUUGGUCAGAUGCAGAAGCUGAGGGUUUUAAAUUUGAGCGACAACAGGUUGAGAAACUUGCCGUUCAGUUUUACAAAGCUGAAGGAACUUGCAGCACUUUGGCUUUCAGAUAAUCAGUCCAAGGCACUUAUUCCCCUACAAAGCGAGGCUCAUCCAGAAACAAAGCUGAGGGUGCUUACCAAUUACAUGUUUCCACAGCAGCCACGCAACGAAGAAGAUUACCAGUCAGACAGCGACAGUUUCAACCCAACCCUAUGGGAGGAGCAGCGACAGCAGCGCAUGACUGUGGCCUUUGACUUUGAAGACAAGAAGGAAGAAGAGGAGAACUCUGGGAAAGUUAAGGUUGAAAUAAACCUGAAGCGCUAUCCCACACCCUACCCUGAGGACCUGAAGAACAUGGUAAAGUCAGUGCAGAAUCUGGUGGGAAAGACUAGCCACGCCCUAACCGGAGAUAAGCGUGAUUCCAGCACCAACAUGGAGCUCCAAGUCAAGGACAAAUACGAACACAAGUGGCCCAUCUCAACAAAGGAGGUAACAAGCGAGGUUACAGAUAGAGAAGCCAAAGACUUCCAGAAGACACAGAUGACCGAAUCAAGUACCAUCCAUAAUUCUGCCAUGGAAAUCCCAAAGCGAAAGGAGAAGGACGAGCUAACCGAGAGCUCUGAGAUUGCUUUACAUCGAGUCGUCCCCAAGCAGCAACAGCCAGAGACUCUCUCCCUUACAGCUUCCUGUUUCUGCCUCAUAGAUUCCUUAGGAGGCUCACCAAAUGACAUUCGAAUUUCGGAUAUGAGACCUACCUUAGUUGAACCUCCUUUGUACAAGCCAAAAGUCGUCUUGAUGGGUAAAGAAAAGAAAGAAUCGACAGACGAAUCAGACGCAGAUAAAAUGCAUUGUCCAAAUAACAGCGGUUCCUCUGCCACUUACUCAGACUACUCCCCUUCCCAGGGGUCCUCAGGCUCCUCGAACCCCCCAGGGAAUGUGGGAGCUCUGCAGACCAGUUCCAAGGAUGGGGUGGUGCCCACCCAUUGGACAAACAGGCUAGCUCAGUCUUUCCCCCAGCCCAUCGAGACAAAGCCAUUGAUCAGCCAGAGAGAAUCUACCCCAACGGGAAUCCCGCAGCAGCGCAAUGAGAGGCAUCCACUUACCGAUACCUUCGACAACUGGAACGACGGCUCCCAUUAUGACAACACUGGCUUUGUCGCAGAGGAAACCGCCAUGGAAAAUUCAGGCGCCGCCCCGAUGCUAGGCUCCAAUUCCAGAAGCGCUUCCACCCAUGGACGCAGGCCUCUAAUGAGGCAGGAUAGGAUAGUGGGUGUCCCUCUAGAGCUGGAGCAGUCACCACAUACGUUCCACAAUGUCCGAAACACACCUGAAACUGAAGUGCCUGCUCCUAACCCUUGGCAGAACUGGACAAGGACCCCCAGCCCCUUUGAAGACAGGACUGCGUUUCCUUCCAAGCUGGAAAGUACUCCAGCGAGCAGCCCAGCCCCUGACAGGAAGGACUUUGAGCAAGAGAUGGGUGAGCUACCUGGGACCUUCCCAUCUACCGGGGCAUGGGGCUUCUUGGAAUCCCGAGAGUCAGGAGCUAGCCGGAGUCAUUCCAACAUAUUCCACUGCAGGCAAGACCCAGUUAAAGGUGCUAUUGUCAUCAGUAAAAGCACAGAGAGGUUGACUCCCAUGAUGAAGGAAGUGAAGGCCAAGUUCAAAAAAUCACAGAGCAUUGAUGAGAUCGAUAUCGGAUCAUAUAAAGUUUACAGCAUCCCCCUUGAUAACUACGGCUCCAGUAUGGAAAACCAAGGCAGCUUGGACAUGCCCGAAACCCAACCAUCGCAGGAGCAAAGCAUGUCGCGCAGUCAGUCGGUCCCCAUGCUGGAUGAAGAUUUGGAAGGAUAUGCCAGCGGCAAGGGGUCCCAGCAGCAGAAGCCUCCCAUCCCUAAAAAAGUUUACCACUUUGACCAAAGCUUCAACCCUAAAGGGGCAGUGGAUGUGAAGUCUGAGAGGAGGCUACCUACCUCCUUCAACACCAACCCUGAGUAUAUGAGCCAACAGGGUAAGAACAUCCCCAAGGAGGUGUUGAGUCCAAGGGGAUACAGGGGGUAUACACCCAUGGAGCACAUGUUCUCAUUUUCUCAGCCUUCAGUCAACGAGGACUCCAUCAGCCAGCAGUUUCCCAGCCAGAGGUCCCGGCCUGGAUUCCUUCGGAGGGCAGACUCCCUGGUCAGCUCCACAGAGAUGGCUCUCUUCAGAAGGGUAACAGAAGCCCAAGAGCUACCACUCAAUGACCGGUAUAACAGGACGCACUAUAAAGGCAUGGUGGAGCACCAGAACAGCUUGUCCUCCAUGGCAGAAUCCCAGUUCCACAAAAGGAAUGGUAGGUAUGAGGAUGAAUACUUGUCGUAUCAGGAGACAAAAAAGCCCAUCACAGGUUUCCCCGUGAAAAGCCUAACCCAGCGGCGGCCUUUGUCAGCCCGGAGCUACAGCACAGAGAGCUACGGGGCUUCCCAAGCGAGGCCGGUGUCUGCAAGGCCAACCAUGGCUGCGCUUCUAGAAAAAGUCCCUUCCGAUUACAAUCUCAGCACCUGUACAGAAAAGACCUCCGACAAUGAGAUGAAGAUGCGUACUGCACAGAUGAAAGGGGAUGAGAGCUCUUCAAAAAUGCCAGUGGACUGGAGGCAACAGCUGCUUAGACAUAUAGAGGCUAAAAGAUUAGACCGGAAUGCUGCCCUUAAGCGCAACACUGUUAACCUUGGAAUGCUGUAUGCUGGACGUUUUUCUGCAGUGCAUGCAAACACGAACAUGACUUUAAGCUUUUACAAUAACCCAAAGCAUGAAUAUCAAAAGAAACAAUGGCUACAUCCUCAAUAUACUCCAUCUCAGCAGAGCAACGUCUUGGAUAACGGACAGGAAGACGUGUCUCCAACUAGCCAGUGGGCUCCGUAUUCACUGGGCCGGAGGGACAUACCACCGGAAAACGUUAUCAAAAAACUCCCUGACUCUUUGCCCAACGGGUUAAAUUACCCACAGGCAGGUGGCCACUCUCACCAAGUUCAGACGAUGAUGGUGUCCUCCACUCAGAACCCCCAGCACCGAUCCACCCGAGACCAACAGUACGAAGGUGCCAUCAAUAAACUCUCCAUCCAGCAGUAUCAGUCGCCGCUGCCCAUCCCCAUCUCCUCCACGCAAAGCCUUUCCAGCCCGCGGGGGGCUCAAAGCGGACGCUGCCUGAUACAGACAAAGGGGCAGAAGAGUAUGGAUGGGUAUCAGGACCAGUUUUGUGUACGAAUCGAGAAGAAUCCUGGCCUUGGUUUCAGCAUCUCAGGAGGAAUUAGUGGACAGGGAAACCCAUUUAAGCCUUCAGAUAUGGGUAUCUUUGUUACUAGGGUACAGCCUGACGGAUCGGCCUGCAAUGUCUUACAACCUGGGGAUAAGAUUCUAAAGGCGAAUGGACAUAGUUUUUCACACCUGGAACAUGAAAAGGCUGUCUCUUUGCUGAAGAGUUUCCCGAAAACAGUGGACCUGGUAAUCUUGAGGGAGAAUCCAUCUUAAAUAUUUUUAUACUAUGCUGGUAACCCAAUCGGAAAGGACAUACAAAAAUAUAUAGAUACCCCCAGAUAUUUGUUUAUAUCUAGGAAUAGUCACAUUUGCCAAUUGCUGGACCAAUGGCAAAUAUUAGUGCCAAAUGUAUAAUAGGUUACAUAUCUUAUAGUAUUAUUCAUGGGUAUAAAGAAGAAGAAAAAAUAAUGUCUGUUUAAAAUGUGGUGUUGUAAUUGCAAUUUUAGUUAUCUUUCAGCCUGAGGCUGUAGAUUGGUGCAAAUACGUAUUUUCUUUUCUUUAUGCUUUUUUUUUUUAAUUUCAUUAGUAGGUUUUUCAUUGAAGAUAUUGAGAGCAGGAAAGCAUACAAGCUCUUUGGGAAUUACAUUUGCCAUUAACACUGCCUCAAC